GUUUUCCUCCCACUGACUGUUCUGCCAUCCUACCAACUGGUCAGAUCUCAGAGAAAUUUCCAUAUUGAGCCUCCUCUAUAUCAACAGGAUGGCCCUUCUCAACUACCCUGUUCCAGAGUUGGAUGUUACCUUGCAAGAAGUGAGCCGUGUCCUGCAGCUCACCUUAAGUCCUGACCUUUAUCCUGAGUUCAGAAGUACAAUGGAACAGCAGAGGGAGCUCCUUCAAGAGGUCCAGCAAAAAUUAGCAACCACUGCUUCGGGUCAAGAGAAUUGGGUGACGGAGCAAUUCAAGAGAGCUCUGCUGUCUUGCGCUGACCCCCUGCCAACCUCCACAGCGCUCCCUGUUGUUGUUCUUCCUUCCCAAGCAAAGCGAUGUACCCAGCUGGGGAGGGCAGCCGCUCUGCUCUGGGCAGCGGCAAAGCUGCAUAGUGAGCCCUUGUUGCUGGAGGGCAAUGUGCCAAUGGAGCGCACACAACAGUCUGAGGUAUUUGCUGCCAGCCGAAUUCCUGGAAGACUUCAAGAUGAAAUUAAGGUCUAUCCAGAUAGCCUCCAUGCCAUCAUCACCUGUGUUGCAGGAGUGUUCCCUGUUGACAUACUGUGGCGUCCAAGCACUGGUGGUCCAGUGUCUGCUCGAUCAUUCAGUGACAUCUACAACCAGCUGGCUCAGGUGAUAGAUCAACCCAGAGCAGGAAAACAGAAUGAUCCCUCUGCCAUCUGCAGCCUUUCGGCUAUGGAGCGCAAAGCCUGGGCGGCCACCAGGGAAGAGAUCCUGGGGCAAGGAGGGGAUGCAGCAGCGUCACUGGGGCUGAUGGAGAGUGCAGUGUUAACACUCUGUCUGGAGGAGUGCAACGCACCGUCUGAACUGGCUGAUAUCCUCAAUGCAGUGAGGCUGGGAAGAGUCGGAGACAGUCCAUGUCUGAGAUAUUAUGACAAGGUGGUGAACUUGGUGGUGUUCAAGGACAGCACAGCUGGGAUACUGUUUGAACACAGUGCUGUGGAUGGGAUGGUGGCCGGACUUAUGACUGAGUUUGUGUACAAUCUGUCAGAAACUGUUGACUUAAAUCUGGUCCACGCUGACACAGACAAUGUGAAUGGGUCUGUCAAAGUAAACAAUGUUAAUUCUGUUUGUCCAACUUCCCUACCAUUCCCCUUGCAAGGCGUGAGUAUCCCCAAACUGAGUCCUGACUUAAAAACAACACAUCCGGUUCUCACUUUUGAUGUCCCUUCCUAUCCUGAUGUAUUUUCUACCCUCAGAGGGCAGAGAGGCCUCUAUGAUGCUUGGAUCAACUUCUCUUUGCAGCUUUCCCUGAGGCAAACUCUUGGGGAUGCUGCUGCCAAACACAUUCUUGUCACGCCUACCCAUAUGCGCCACUACAAACAUGGCCGUUGUGAUCCUACAUACUCAUUCACCAUGCACUCUCAGAAGUUUGUAGGCGCCUUGGCAUCCUGCAUUGGCGCAGAUAACACAGUCCAAUACACUACUGACCUCCUACGCUUGUUCCAUGUUGCAUUUUUAGAGCACAAGAGCCUCAUUAAAAAAACCAAAAGUGGUCAAGGAGUUGGUCCUCACCUAGCUGCACUGCGUCGGUCACUUCCAUCUGACAACCCACUGAAGAAGUACCUGGACCCAUUUGGAUGUCCACCUGUAUACCUCACAGGUACAGAUAUGGUGGAGGGUGUGGAAUGUGGAGUAGGGAAUGUUUAUGCCCAAGACCAGCUUGCUGUAACAUACCUUGGGAAGAGAGAGAAGGUUCGGAUUGUGCUUAAUGGAAAAGGGAGCUUUGCUCUGACACUAGAGAAGCUUAAAGAAAGCCUGAACAAAAACCUGAAGUUAGUGAUGCUUCUAGCUGUUAGAUAUGGUAUUGCAUGCCAAAUGGGAGCCCUCGAUUGUCUACUUCAACAGGGUCAAAAAGAGAAGAUGAAUGGAGAGGCAUAUCACUGUCCAGACAGCCCAAAGGAUGGCAUGAGCCCAGACUACACUCUAAUGAUCCAUGGUGGUGCUGGAGAGGAGAUGAUGCUGAGCCCUGAUGUGAUCGGGGUUAUUGAGUUUGCUCUGCAGACAGCUUUAACCCUUGGAGCCCAAGUGCUUCAACAAGGUGGCAAGAGUCUGGACGCAGUCCAGAAGUCAGUGGAAGCUCUGGAGGACUGCUUCCUGUUCAAUGCAGGUAAAGGCUCAGUAUUCAACAAGGAUGGAAAAAAUGAAAUGGAAGCCACCAUUGUAGACGGCAAUGCAAUGAGGUCGGGAUCUGUUGCUUGUGUGCAAAGUGUGAAGAACCCAAUAAAAGCAGCCAGAUGUGUCAUGGAGAAAAGCUCACAUUCACUCAUUGUGGGCGAUGGCGCUGAGGAGCUUCUGCAAGGGUUGGAAGAGAAAGAGAAGCCAGUUGGGCCUGAGUAUUUCUACACAGAUGUACGUCACAGAGAAUUAAUGCUGAAGCUCAGCAAUGGAAAAACCUCAAAAAACAAUCACCCUCAGACAGUUGGAGCUGUGGCAAUGGAUCGUUGGCACGAGUUGGCUGCUGCAACUUCCACCGGGGGGUUAGUAGGAAAGCUGAAAGGGCGAGUUGGGGAUACAGCAGUGGUUGGGGCAGGAAUAUAUGCUGAUGACAAGGUAGCUAUUACCUGCUCUGGAGAUGGAGAUGUAUUUUUGAGGCAUACAGUUGCACAGAAAAUAGCCAGUCUCUACCAUCACAAAGGGUACAGCCUUAGGCAGGCAUGUAGAGAAGUGAUGGCUGAGAAUCUAAACGGGAUCUGUGCAGGAAUCAUUGCUGUGGACACUAAAGGUGAUGCCAUCAUUGAAACAAACUCUGGUGUCAUGUUUGUGGCCUCAAUGGUAGAUGGCAUUUCACGAGCAGAGGUUUUCAGGCCUGGAAAGGACUUCUCAAAUGUGAUCUGGGAAACAGAUGAGCUGGUUGCCUACCUUGAUCCCAAUCCUUGGAUCCCUGGGUCAACCAUACUGACUAGAAAAAGUCUUAGCGGGGCAAGCAGCAUCUUCCAGUUGGUUACAUCUGAUUUUGUGGCUAUGCUACAAGGAGCAAGAGCUGUGUCAAGCUUGCUAUGUGAGCGACUGGGGGUGCAGCGCUGUGCCUUGGUCUUCAAUCCAAACCCUGAUCAUCCAGCCCAAAUCAGACUGCUCCCACUUCAUGGUCUGGAGCCAAAGUGGCAGCCUCAUCUUGCCAGUGAAGAAGAAUUCCACACUUAUGAUCCUGGCUACUGCACCUCAAAAAGUGGCCCGUGCUGGGAUGAUGAAGCACUGACCCAGGUUCAAGCCAAGAUUAGAAAUGGACUGCCAACACCAAAUGCACCCUCUUGCUUUGACUUUUUUGGAGAUGCUUCCAAUGAUAACCUGUUUAGUCGCAUUGUGCGUGGAGAGCAGAAACAGUGGAGAGUGUGGGAAGACAGUGAGCAUGUUGCCUUCUUGACACCAUACCCAAACACUCCUGGGUUAACUGUUGUGGUGCCACGCAAACCACUGUCCAGUGACAUCUUCAAACUAGAGGAAGCUGACUACAAAGCACUGAUCUUAGCCACUCUUAAAGUUGCCCAACUGCUGAAAGAGGGAAUGAGAGCUCGAGGAGUUGCACUGAUCUUUGAAGGCUUUGAGAUUGACUAUGCUCAUGCCAAACUGAUCCCUCUGUUGCCUUCACCAGAUGGCACUAAAACCACUGAGCUGCAACCGGAAUGCUACCAAAGCUACCCUGGAUAUGUGUCAUCCAUGAAUGGUCCAGCUGCUGACCCUGAGCACCUCAAAAAGAUCCACUCAAAGAUUACCCAGUGCAGGCCUCCUCAUUCAUGGGAAGACCCUCAGUCUCACUCCACAAUCGCCAUCAAGAGCCAGUGGUAUCGCAACCUAUUCCAGAUCCAAAACACUCUUUUCCAUAGCACAGUGGAAUAUUUCCACACUGCCUGCCAGUACUCCUACGCUCUAACACCUCUCACAACAGACACCAUUUCCUCGCCAAUGGGCCUGGGAUCUGACUCAGAACCAGUUUCUGUUAACCUGCUGGGCCAGGAUAUCUACCUGGCUGACUCAAUGCAGUUUGUACUUGAAUACUUCCUUCGUUUCCAGGAUGACCUACCAGGGACGUACUACAUUUCUCCCAGCUUUAGAGGGGAAGAUCCUGAUGCCACACACUUGAACCAGUUCUACCACGUAGAGUGUGAACUGUUGGGUGACAUGGACAAUGCCAUGUCCAUAGCAGAGGGAUAUGUGGCUCAUCUUACCAAGUCUAUGCUGAAGAAACACUCUGAUUUGAUCCUAAACACUGCUGGGACCUUGACACAUGUCACAGCCAUGCUGAGUAAGCUGGAUGGGAAAACCCCACUCCCAAGAGUCCCUCUUGACCAGGCCAUUCCCAUGAUGCCCUCCACUGACUGCGUAGAGUGGGUCCAAGAUGGCCAGCCCCAAUUUGGCAGAAAGCUGACACGCAAAGGCGAGCGGGUCUUGAUAGAGAAAUAUGGUGGUGCUGUUUGGCUGACUGAAAUGGACCAUCUAGGAGUUCCCUUUUACCAGGCAUAUGUGGAGGGCACUGGGCGGAGCAAAGCCAAAGCUGGUGACCUUCUUCUGGGGCUUGGUGAGACUGUUGGGCUUGGAGAACGUCACUCCACCCCUGAGAUGGUACAGGAGGCCCUCAGGCACCAUGCAGUGCCGGAGCAGUCCUACAAAUGGUACAUUAACAUGCGGCAAGUGAAACCACUCCUCACCAGUGGAUGGGGCAUGGGGACGGAGCGCUACCUGUGCUGGCUGCUUCAGCAUGACGACAUUAGAGACAUGCAUAUCAUUCCUAGGAUGAAAGGAACAAAGUACAUGCCCUGAUCACGGUUCAGUUUCUCUACAGGCCAUUAGAUGUGAUAUACUUGUGGUAUUGAGACCAAAAUGAAUAUGCAAUAAAAACGCCUCAGUUAUCCAGACUUUGGACCUUUAAUUCCUCCUGUGUCCAUGGCCAGAAAAAAACCUUCUGCAGCCUUUAGUCCUACAUGACCCUUGUACCCUUCACUUGAUUAGUAAAUCAUUAAUAGUACUUUAAAUCUUAUCCCCAUGCUUUGAGUCCCUUUCUUAGUAGUAAAGCUGCAGAACCAUUGUAACAGAGAACAAGAACUUGAAUUGUUGUUGUUGUUAAGACUUAUUAACAGUUUUAAAAUAAUUAGUAAAGGGGUAUAAAUUGUAUGAAUAAGUUGUUCAGACAACGUAAACUAUAUAAGGACAACAUAAAGGAACACAUUUGUACUCAUCU